AUGGUUGAAAUACCCGAAGGAGUAUAUACACGACCCUUAGAAAUUGGACAAAGUUAUGGGAUGGUACACAAAGAAAAGGCUGAAACUUCAGUCUUGGUUAUAGAAAAGGAAGGGGUUCCUUGGUAUUAUGACAUCAUGAAAUUCUUGGAAUUACGGGUAUAUCCAGAUGGUGCUGAGAAGAGAGAGCAUCAUUCAAUUAGGAUGGUAGUAGUGCAAUACAUCUUAUGUGGAGGUCAGAUUUAUAGGAGAUCUAAUGAUGGUAUACAUCUUCAUUGUCUAAAGAAAGAAGAAGUUAAGAAAGUCAUGGAAGAAAUCCAUCAAGGGAUUUAUGGUCCUCAUAUGAAUGGGAGAAUGUUGGCCAAGAAGAUCUUAAGGAUAGGGUACUAUUGGAACACGAUGUAG